GUUAUACAGAAUCAAAACAUAAUAUUUACACCAAUAGCAAAUUGGAAUUGGUGAAGCAGUGACGCACAGGAUUAUCGCUGAUUGGUCAAUAUUUAAGACACUACAGCGCCACUCCGACCUUAUAAAUAUCGGCGUGAGCUCGCGCCGGGCCUCUUUUCCACAGUAUUAUUACGAGAGGGUUUAGUGGUGUUAUUUUAGUGGGCUAACUCUAAAUUCAGAAUGCCGGAAACCUCAAAAAUGAAUGGCUACGCGAAAACGAACGGCCAUAGUUAUGAUAUGGAAGAUGGAUCAGUGUUCCUAUUUACAUCAGAAUCAGUGGGCGAGGGUCAUCCAGAUAAAAUGUGCGAUCAAAUAAGUGAUGCUAUCCUCGAUGCACAUCUAUCGCAGGACCCUGACGCUAAAGUUGCAUGUGAAACAGUUACAAAAACGGGCAUGGUAUUAUUGUGCGGCGAAAUUACCUCGAAGGCUAACGUCGAUUAUCAGAAGGUUGUGAGAGAAACCGUGAAACAUAUUGGUUAUGAUGACUCUUCCAAAGGGUUUGAUUACAAGACGUGCAGUGUGAUGCUGGCUCUGGACCAACAGUCACCAAACAUAGCCGCUGGGGUGCAUGAAAACCGGAAUGAUGAAGAAGUUGGUGCUGGAGACCAGGGUUUGAUGUUCGGCUAUGCUACUGAUGAAACAGAGGAAUGUAUGCCAUUGACUGUAGUACUCGCACAUAGACUAAAUCAGAAAAUUGCUGAACUCCGGCGAAACGGUGAAUUUUGGUGGGCACGACCGGAUUCAAAAACACAGGUGACCUGCGAGUACAUUUUUGCUGGUGGUGCUACAGUUCCUCAAAGAGUCCACACUGUUGUGGUCUCAUUACAGCAUUCUGAAAAGAUCUCUUUGGACACACUUCGCGAUGAAAUCAGAGAAAAAGUAAUCAAGGAGGUGAUCCCAGCACAAUAUUUAGAUGAAAGAACUGUAGUUCAUAUCAACCCAUGUGGGCUAUUUAUCAUUGGUGGACCUCAGUCGGACGCGGGUCUGACGGGGCGCAAGAUCAUAGUGGACACGUACGGCGGGUGGGGCGCGCACGGCGGCGGCGCGUUCUCCGGCAAGGACUUCACCAAGGUGGACCGCUCCGCCGCGUACGCCGCGCGCUGGGUCGCCAAGUCGCUCGUCAAGGCGGGCCUGUGCCGCCGCUGCAUGGUGCAGGUCGCUUAUGCUAUCGGAGUGGCCGAGCCUCUAUCUAUCACAGUCUUCGAUUACGGGACAUCACACAAAACACAGCAGGAACUGCUCUCUAUUGUACAAAAGAACUUUGAUUUGAGACCAGGCAAAAUCGUCAGGGAGCUGAACCUGCGCGCGCCGAUCUACCAGAAGACGAGCACGUACGGGCACUUCGGGCGCGAGGGCUUC